AUGGCAUCAUUGCCGAUCUACCAUCAAGUACCGACGGACGAGAAGUCCGCUGUGGUCUUUUAUCACGAUGAGCAAGACAUCUCCAAGAUCCAUCCUGCAUCUAUCGGAAAUGGCGGUAUAAGACUACCAACCGAAGCCGACCUCGAGAAGAAGAAGAAGGUUCUCCCAAAGUGGAAGAAAGCUUUAGUGGCUUUGGCUUUGGUAUGGUUCACCUACACUGUCUUUGGACAUAUCGGCGGUAAAGGACAUGGACAUCAUCAAGGUGUAGACCAAUGGAAAGGAUAUGAAUAUGGCUCGAAAGACGUCUUUUCACCUUGUCAUGGUGAUGGCAAGUUUGCACCACAAGAAGAUGAACUCAAAGUCAUUCCUACCGUUUACGGCACCUCCAUCUCACUCGAAGAUAAUCGACAAAUUGCCAAUGCCUCAUUCUCGAUCCCUCUUCAUCGAAGAAAGGCCUUCAAUGUCCAUUUCGGUCCAAACGUAGAUGCCAACAUCAUCAUCUCCAAAUCCGAGAUUACUUCGCAAGAUGAUGAGGAAUCUGCCCAUGGUCAAAUUAUCGUCGAAUCUUCAUACGAAAACGAAAACGAUGUUCAAGGUGUAGAGAUGAAAUCUGGUGAAUGGUUUGAUGAACUAUCUAUCUCUGCUGAAGGAUCUGUCAGCCACAAAGUUCACUUGAUCCUUCCCUCGUCUAAAUCAUUCAUUUCAUCUCCUAUCUCAAUCUCCUCUGCCCAAUCGCUCAACUUCGAGAUUGACUCUUCAGCCUCUGGAACCACCUUCCGAGAUCUCAAACUCAAAUCCGAUUCGGGAGAUAUCAACGUUCCAUCCAUUGUUGGUGCAAGAGUAGAGUUGGAAAGUACUACCGGAACUGUUGGUGGUAUCUAUAAUGUAUCUAAAGCAUUGAUCUUGAAAACCGUAACCGGAAAUAUCGAUGCUAAAGUCCAUGUUUUACCUCCUUGGAACGGUCCUUCAAGAAGACCACCCCCUCCUCAUGGUGGUGAUGAUAAGCACAAACCCAAACAUCACAAGGACGAUGAUGAUGAGCACAAACCUAAACAUCAUGAUCACGAUGAACACGAUGAGGAUGAGGGUGAAGAGCAACAUGAAGAACGAGAACACCGACAUCACAAGAAGAGCAAGCAUCACAAAAAGAGGCAACACCACAAGAAGAGACAUGAUAAACACUCUAGACGAUCAUGGUUGUCAUCUCUCUUAUCUCCAUUUGCUAAACCUCCUCCUCCACCACCUGGACCACCUGGACCACCUCCUCCUAAACCAGCAUUCAUUGGUGCAAACUCCAUCAAAGGUUCUGUAAAUAUCACUAUCCUCUCUCAAGGAUCUUACACCUCGUCCGAAAUUCGAGCUAGCUCCACUUCAAACAAUGUUACCAUCCAACAUGCCGAGAACUUUAGGGGAUUCUACGAUAUCUCAUCUUCGAUCGGUAAAUACAAUGUCAGUGUUCCUGAGAAAUACAAGGAUCAUCAUGUUUUAACUGUUGGCGAAACGGAACAUGGUGGAUUCCAACAUGGUUUGGUAGGAUUCAAAAGACCUAAAGGUGAGAAACCACCUAAGAAAAAGCUACCACCUGGGAAUGAAACUGACUUCGAGGUUGACAUGGACUCGGAAGCUGACAUGGAAAUGGAAAAGAGAGAAUGGAAUGAUCAACCUCGUGAUGGACCAGAAGGUGAACACCCUCCUCCUCCACCUCACGGUCCUCCUAGCCCACCCAAGGGUGAUCACCCACCACCACCACCUCCUCCUCCUCAUGGACCUGAAGGACACCCUCCUCCUCCACCCCCACCUCACGGACCUCCUGGACCACCUAAAGGUGAUCACCCUCCUCCUCCUCCACCUCCCGGUCCUCCGGGUCCACCCAAGGGUGAUCACCCACCACCUCCACCACCACCAGGAGGCGAACACCCACCACCACCUCCCCCUGAUGGUCCACCAAGAGGCCCACCAGGACCAGGACCUUUCCCUCCUCCCGGACCUCCUCCUCCUCCAGGACAUUCAAGAGUCUUCGCUCAUGCCGAUAUCGGUAAUGUGCAGAUCGUCCUCUAA